AUGUGUUAUUGUCGUAAUCUGAUGUUGGGUAAACUUUUUUGCAACAGUGAUACCUCACAAUCCAACCUGAGAAAACCUAGUGAUUUUGUACCAGCUUUAACACCUGCCCUACAAUUGUUCAUAAAUCAGUGUGAUCAUGACCUGGUAGAGUAUUUUCAACAGAAUGAUAGGGAUAAAUAUUAUAAUUUAACCCAUGAGCAAAGAUUAGCUUUGGUCAAGUUAUGUGGUUACACAGAUAUCACAAUCAAGAUGGCCGAUAAGGGUGGUUCGGUAGUAAUUUUGGAUUCGGACUGGUAUGCCAAUAAGUUGAAAUUGUUAUUGUCGGAUACAGUGACCUAUCAUAUUAUUAAUCCCAUUGAUGUUAAAAGGACUAUAGAUAGAGUUCACAGUAAACUGUGUUGUUUGAGUCACAGAUUGUUGUUUACACCACAGCAGUUAGAAUUCUUGUACAUUGAUAAACCGACCACUCCGAUUUUUAAAGCGUUGCCAAAGGUGCAUAAGAGUUUAACUGACCCACCCCUUAGACCGAUAGUUUCGGGUAGGGGUUGGGUCACUGAAAAUAUUUCCAUAUGGCUAGAGGUUUUUCUUAAACCAUAUGUAGCCUCGAUGAAACAUAUAUUGGUGGACACAGGACACUUCCUCACUUUAAUUGGAAGUAUUAAACAAGAAGAGUUAUUGGGUGAUUACUUAAUGGUAACUUUGGACAUUAAUAAUCUGUUCACCGUGAUCAACAAUGAAUAUGGCUUAGAGGCCAUCAAGACACUACUCACUACAUUAGAGCUAACACAUAAUAGGAUAGAGCUGGUAGUUGAGUUACUGACUCUGGUAUUGGAAAACAACAUCUUUCAAGGGAUUGAUGGGGAAGAACUUUUGUGUUUUUGGGUGACUGCCGAAAGAUUAUUUAAUAUUGACAGGAGCAGCCAUACUCGGAGAGAUCAGUACCAAUCUCUUUUGCGGGUGCUGAGUGCUACCUACCUGCAAGAAGGCUCUAUUGUCAGCUCAACCUGCAAGAUUGCCCAUGAAACGCUGGAAGAAUUUGCAAACUGGGAAAAUGCUCUAAAAAAACGGAUAGAGCUUUUGAGGCUUUCUAAAACGCUGGAAGAAUUUGCAAACUGGGAAAAUGCUCUAAAAAAACGGAUAGAGCUUUUGAGGCAGAUACAGCAUAAAGCCCUGCAUAAACUACAAACCUAUUGGAUACCAUGCUUUUUAACUCAUUCCAAAAUUACUUUGGAGAAGCUGGAAGAGGAAAGCCACAUACUAAAAAGCUGUCUAGUAAGACUGAAUUCAGAAAGUGUGGAAAAAAACCAAGCAGAGGACGAUGUUACCCUAGUUGUGUUACCUGUGCAAAUAAAACAGUCCUUGCAUGCCCCAGAGCAGUAUUCUACAAGACAUACCAAAAGGCUACUUUGGUGUUCUGCUGAAGGUUAUAAUGACAAGCAUCCAGUUUUAAGAAGUCAAACUGGGAGAGAUUCUUGGAAGGCUACAUAUAAAGAAAAUUGUGAUAGUUCUAAACAACUUAAAUCCAACUAUGCUACUGAUGGUAAAGUGAAAAGAUCCAUCUCCUCACAAAACUCAACCCCCAGGGCAUGCACGACACUAUCUCACAACAGUAAUAGCAAAUCAAAACAUGUAAGCAAUAUUAAAAGUCUAAACAGUAAUACUGAAAAGCCACUACCGCCAGUUGUUGGCAAAAAAGUACCAAAAAAUGGUUCAUAUGUAAAAAUUCCAGGAAAAACUUUAAGCAUAUACAGUCCUCCUGUCAAAUCCUGUUCGUUACAGCAGAUAGAGAACUAUCCCUUAAUUCCUCACCAGCUCGACUACUUGCAGUUGGUGCUUAGAGCAGACAGUUUUGCAGGAGGUCCCUUUGAAAAUUUUUUACACAAAAAAGGCUGUAUCCUUGAGCUGCACUACCUAGGGUUAUGGCGUGUAAUGGACACCUUCCUUUCCAUUGCUGUCUUGAGUUCUCGAGACCGAGAGGGCAAUAUACUGCGUCAGAUACUGGCAGAAAAGAUCUUAGAGACUUACCUUUUGGAGACUAGCAAGUGUCAUAUCCCACUGCAGGAAAACACUGUCAGACAUCUUGAAGCUCUCCUGCCAUCUGAUGAGGCUCUGGCUUGGCUACGGAAGGCAGAGGGAGAAAUCUGUCAGGUACUUUACACACACUUUGAUCAGUUUUUGCAUGAAGAAGAUACAACUUUCCUUGAUCUCGUGACUCAUACAAAAAUUGAUGGCAGCCAUGAAAGGCAAGGGAGAAAAUCAUCUUGGAACGAUUAUAAGGUACCUAGCCAGCAAGUAUGGCGAAUCAAAGAAGCCCUCAUUCUUGGCUGGGCCUGUUCAACCAUUGAAAAGGUGGACUCACUUACAGAAAAACAAUGGAAACAGCUGAUAAUGGUAGACCUUGGAAAUGGAGGAUCAGUCCAGAUGGCACCAGAACCAGUUGUCAACCCAACUGACUAUAAAAGCAUGUCCUUUGAUGAGUUAGCUUCAAAGUACCCUAAAAUUGCUGUGGAAAAGCUCAGUGUAAAUUAUCAGCUUUACUGUCAGAGGAUACCUCAUGCAGAAAGGCCAGCAGAGAAGGAAGACCAGAACAGAGCUCAGUGGAAAAAAGUAGAUCUGAGAUUCAUAAGAAAGGGAAACACAGUCCUUCAAAGGCCUACGUCAAAGCCAAGAUCCUUAAUGGAGAUAUUGCGUAGUUCUCUUCAUGUGGAAUUUUUCAAACGAUUCCUACGAGCACAGGAUGCAGAGGCUCCACUCCUUUUCUGGUUAGCUGUGGAAAAACUCAGCAUGGUGGAUGAAGACAGAUUUCAGAAAUCUCAUAUCAAGAGGAUCAUGGGAAACUUUUUCUCAAAGAACACCAACCCUAAUGAACUAUUGCAUUGUGAAGCAGGCAUCAUAAAAGAUAUAGCAAAGACUCCCUUACCAACUGUGAACAUGUUUCUGCUGGCUCAGGCUCAUGUCUUCAAAGCCAUGGAUGACAAGUGGUUUAAAAUGUAUCAGGAUACCUUCACUGGAACCCCAGAAACAGUAGAAUCAGAAUCUGCCCUCACUAUGAGGAAAGGCUCCAUUCUGCAAAGCAAACGGAGUCACUGGGGAGCUAGAUCCUAUCCUGGCACUGAAUCAGUGCAAAGCAGAGAAAGUUACCCCAGAUGGUGUAGUCGGCCAUCGCAGGAUGCACUCACACACACACUUUUUCAUAUGCAGCGCACACACCUUCGGGCAAUUUGGAGGAAAAGAGGAUGGAGUAUAUUCAUUGCAUUCAUCCGGAGUGUCUGUAAAUUUCAGAAGUCAAUGUUAGACCUUACCAUUAGACGAGAAUUUGAAGAUUUCCUUAGAAAAGAAGUCCAUAAUGACUUUGAAAAUACUGCCAUACCUCGAGCCACAAGUACAGUGCAUUCAGCUACUGGCACUUCUCGACAGCAGAGCUCAUCUUUGGGUUCCCGUAGUGUGGACUCUGGUGAAAAUUUAGAUAUGCCACAGUUGAAAAGGCGACUCAUCAAUAAUCGAGUUGUGAUUGUCAAUCAUCUUGUUGACGACCUAUGCUUCUAUCUAGAAACUGACAGAUACACUAAGAUGUGUGACUCAGCUAUAAUAAUGAGCUCAGCUGGCCUGUACAGAGAAGAUGAUGAAGCUCUCCUUCGUAACAAAGUAAAUAUGAUCAUCAACCUCUUCCUUAACUCAGAGAUCCCACCAAAGCUACGGGUGAACAUUUCUGAGGUACAAAAGGUGCUGAUUAUGGCAUUAGCAGAGGAUGGAAAUUAUAAUCGAGCUCUUUUCCAUUCAGCACUCAUGUCCAUCUUUCCUGUUCUUAUAUAUUUCUGGAGACGCUUCUGUAUCCAUAAUAUUAUGAAAAGCUUCCAUGGAUGGAAAAAAGUUCAAGAGAAAAAGAAGAUUGCAAUUCCAGAUUAUAGGCGGCUUAAUCUUGACAAACAGUGGUACCGAAAAGUUAAUUUCUACACUAGUGAAGACUUCAUUAUACUUCGAUUUACACUCUCCGCUGGUAUUCAGCUGCUCAUACCUCAUCACAGAGAAAGGAUCAAAGACUUGAGUCCAACUGUACCUGUGUCCAAUAGCAGUUUUUCUGUUGAGAGAUAUCGUGGAUCUUUCUCAUCUUCACCUGCCCUGUCUUGUUUUCAGCAGCAACUGAGUCUACCUCCAUUGGCUUCAGAUAAGAACUGUGUGGAACAGCUUGGAACUCCAGCAGUGACUUCAAAGAAUGAAAUUUAAAAGUGUACUUGGACAGUAAAUAAAAAUAACAUUACCUUCUUGUAUCCUCAUGUUUCUGUGUUUAUUUUGAUAAUAUCUGUAACUUUGCCUGCCACUAAGAAGUUGUUUGACUAAAAACUGAGCUGCUUUUUUGAUGUUAAAAAUCUCAGACACACACAGAUCUGAAAACACAGUACUAAUCAAAACUAAGACAAGUAUAUAAAUAUACUCAC